AUCUCCCCUGCCUGUCCAGUGAGCGAGGUUUGGGUCACCAUGUUGGAUCAAAUGCUCAUUUUCACGUCGUUCCGCGUUUUGACAGUUUAUCAUGCCGGUGACAAUUAUUCGUCGUGAGCUCAAAGUUUGAACUGUUGUUGGAGUGAUUUACAGUUUUUUUUUAAUGAAAGGAGCUCUUAGCGACACGUUCUCGACGGAGAGGAAGGAUUACUGUUUUGAUUUGGAGCUAUUCAUUAGCUAGCUAGAGGCUGAGCUGUCAGGUUGACUAGCACGGUGUUUUUCUGCUGCACGCCAGCAUUAAGAAGCGUUCACCUUUUUGUUGGCUUCAUCUAAUACUUGUGUGUCAACUUUGUCAAAAGCCCGUGUUUUUUUUUUUACAAGACUAUCGAUGUGGGGGAAGUAAGUUGCCAAGACAGCGAGGUUUCCUCUUUCGCUAUUUUGUGAUGCUCGAUUGUUGUCCAAAAAGGAGGAGGAUUGAUGCGCCCACCUCAGGUAGAUCUUGUAUUAUGUGAGUGAGCGGGGUCACCAAGACCCGGGCCUGCCUGCUGGAAGUGGGGCCUGGGCGAGGACAUAGCACCCUGCACUGGACCAGAAGCGUUAAGUAGGUUUGGGAGAUUAGCGCUGGUGGCCUACACACUCACCAACACACAUCUGAGGAGUUUUCCGUUUGGAAUAAUUAAUGCAACUUCCUAGCAAACUGGAGCCAAGGUGGCUGGAACAGCGUGUGGUGAACUCGAGCACUUUUGCAAUAUGAUGACUCUUCUCCAAGUGACAAGUUUCUGAUCCCACUAUAAAGUCUGUUCGACUUUCGUCAGCAGGGAGGGGGCGCCAUUGCUAUCAUGAGGGACAUUUAGGGCCACCAUUUUUUUUUUUUAUUAAGGGGUGGGCGGGUUUUUUGUUUAAUUUUUUUACUUAGACUUGAGUUGUCAUUUUACCAUAGUCAUUUCAGAUUUCAGCAUAUUUUAAACCCUCAAUGCACUUAUUUAGUGUUCUGGAAGUUUAAUUGUUUGUACUACAAGAGCCUGGUAGCUACUGCCGUCACUUCAGUUAGGCGGUGGAUGGCUCUUUGUGACACAACAGCUUCAAAUGUUACAAAAAUGAUGGCCGCUUAUAACGGUGGCUCCUCAGUGGCUGCCCAUCACCCUCAUCACCACCACCACCUGCAGCAUCUUCCACCUCCACACGUGCAUUGUCACCAACACACGGACCAGCAUCACCUGCAGCACCCGGGCUCCGCCGCUGCAGUUCACACCAUCCAGCAGCACACCUCUGCUGCCGCUGCGGUGAUGCUCAACCCUGGUCAACAGCAACCUUAUUUCCCCUCCCCGGCCCCUGGACAGGCCCCUGGCCCCGCGGCAGCCGUGGCCCCUGCUCAAGUUCAAGCUGCUGCUGUAAAAGCGCACCAUCAUCACCACCAUCAUCAUCAUCAGCAGCACACACACCACUUGCAGCCACAGCUAGAUAUAGAGCCGGACAGGCCUAUUGGCUAUGGUGCGUUUGGGGUCGUCUGGUCAGUCACAGACCCCAGGAACGGGAAGCGCGUUGCUCUCAAAAAGAUGCCAAAUGUCUUCCAAAACCUUGUUUCUUGCAAGAGGGUAUUUCGAGAACUGAAGAUGUUAUGUUUCUUUAAACAUGAAAAUGUGCUCUCGGCUCUUGACAUCCUUCAACCUCCACACAUUGACUACUUUGAGGAAAUUUAUGUUGUGACUGAACUGAUGCAAAGCGACUUGCACAAGAUCAUUGUCUCACCACAGCCUCUGAGCUCAGACCACGCCAAAGUUUUUCUCUAUCAAAUUCUACGAGGACUUAAAUACCUUCAUUCUGCUGGCAUCCUUCAUCGAGAUAUUAAACCAGGCAACCUCUUGGUCAACAGCAACUGUGUACUAAAGAUCUGUGAUUUUGGCCUGGCCAGGGUAGAGGAAACCGAUGAGUCGCGGCACAUGACUCAGGAAGUGGUGACUCAAUACUAUAGAGCCCCCGAGAUCCUAAUGGGGAGCCGCCACUACGCCAACUCCAUUGAUAUCUGGUCUGUGGGCUGUAUCUUCGCUGAGCUGCUAGGGCGACGAAUUCUCUUCCAAGCCCAAAGUCCUAUCCAGCAGCUGGAUUUGAUCACUGAUCUGUUGGGAACUCCCUCUAUGGAGGCAAUGAGGACAGCAUGUGAAGGUGCUCGUGCGCACAUUCUCAGAGGACCAAGCAAACAGCCAUCCCUUCCUGUUCUUUACACACUGUCCAGUCAAGCGACUCAUGAAGCUGUCCAUCUCCUAUGCAGGAUGCUUGUGUUUGAUCCAUCGAAGCGGAUUUCAGCAAAGGAUGCCCUAGCUCACCCUUACCUGGAUGAGGGUCGACUGCGCUACCAUACAUGCAUGUGCAAAUGCUGCUACACGACAUCCACUGGCCGGGUUUACACAAGUGACUUUGAACCUGUCACCAACCCCAAGUUUGAUGAUGGCUUUGAAAAGAAUCUAAGCUCUGUGAGACAAGUCAAAGAGAUCAUUCAUCAGUUUAUUUUGGAACAACAAAAGGGGAGUCGAGUACCACUCUGCAUCAACCCUCAGUCAGCUGCUUUCAAAAGCUUUAUCAGUUCCACAGUGGCACAGCCCUCUGAAAUGCCUCCUUCUCCACUGGUGUGGGAAUAGCUGCUGUUGUGAGUGUGAUCAUCUUUGCCCGAGAAGCUGCUAAUAUGGAAUCAUGAAAGCGUCUCAAUGUCAUCAGUCAUCUGCGUAGCAUUUCACUGGAAAAGCAUGACUUCUCGUUGACAUCUACUGAUUGUAUGCUCAAAUAUGAUAAAAAAAAAUAUUUAAAAAAACAACAACACAAAAACAUCCACUAUCUGCUUUUUGUGGGUGUAAUAGAAAGAUGGAAAUGUAUGUGACAAAUACUCAAUAGGAUAACGUUAUCAUCUUUACACUGCGCCAUAAUGAAAUAUACUUGCUUUCAUGUAUAUAUUUAACAUUUUUCACAAGCUGUGAUUAUGACUUUUCCCCCUGUAAUUGGUUAGUACGACGACAGCUGUCUUCCCUUCUGAACUGUUAGAUUACCAAAUCAGCAUUAAACCCAAUUCAACUUGAUAUUUAGGCAAUCGAUUAUUGUUGCAUCAUCAGGUUUAGAAACCUCAGGCUUCCUCCAAUUUUCUUGGUUAUGUCAUAUUAACUGUAUUUAAUCCGGCCCUGUGUUCCUUCACACUCUUAUCAUUUCUUUUUGCCAAAGAUUCUGUUCAUGCACAAAGAGGGCGUGUUUCUGGAAAUUACGCCAAUUUUAAAAGUUGUUGAAAUGUUUGACGCAGUGUAGUCAUAAACCCCAUUAUUUGUCAUGUAUCUAUAUUCAGAAUAAAAUUUAUUUAAGGAAAUUCUAAUUAUGGCAACGCUUGCAUAUACCCACAAAAGUGGACGAGCAUACAGGAAUGUAGUUAUUGAUUUUAAAAAGUAUGAAGCUUCACAUUAAUACCACAAAUAUAAGCAUGCUGAAUUGCAUGCAGUUUAUUAGAUAAUAUUUGCAAAUAUUUUUACCUAAGCAGCAGCUGCAUUUAAAAAAAAAAAACAUUGUCUAGAAUUCUUAGGUAUAACCUAAAAAUAGUAAACGCAGUAAUUUCAGUAGUUUUUCAGUUGACAAAAAAAUUACAGUGCGAGCUCACCUUGCUCACGCUGUUUGUGCUGAAGAAAUCAGUUUUUCUUGUAAAUGACCUGUUAUGGUCACAUUUACAUGUGCCCGUGCUCACGCCAUAGAGUGUAACGUUAAAUGGGGAAUUGGCUAGUUGGAAGAAGCAACAUGGCUGAAAUAUGCAAAUAUCAUUGGCAGAUUUGGAACUUACACACUGGGGUCUUUUGAAAAGUAUGUCAUUUACAAUAAAGCAGUAAGGGAAAGGGGCAGCUAACCCCUCAUAUAAACAUUGUAUCGUAUUUUAAACCUAUACAUUGUUUCCAAACCUAUUGGUUAGUUCAAUAUUCUAUUCGUUGCGAUCAUAAAACAUUAAUUGUAAGGUAGGGGUAUAACGGUACGCCAAAUUUUUUUAAGAUCAUGGUCCAGUUAAUUGUUGGUGCAAUAAAGUAACAAAAUGCAUUGAAAAACUACUUAGUUUUUUUGUGAAUUAUAUUUCAAAUUGGGCCUAAAAAAACAGGUAAUGCUCCAAUAAUUUUAAUGAUCCAAUAAAAAAUUCAAAUACAAAAAUUUUAAUUUUAAUUAUUUAAUAGUAGUGUGCCGAUAAUACUUUUUCACUUCCGAUACCAUUAUCAUAUUGGAGCCUUACGUAUUGGCUGAUACCGAUAUUGAUUCAAUACGAUAUCAGCACAAAUCAUACAUACUUUUAUUUUGUAGUGUGGAAUGUAAAAAAAAAAGUUUGACCAAGUGAUAUUACUCAGAACAAUGUAAGUAUGAAAACACCAACCUAUUUAUUAUUAACUGUCUAGAAUGAACGUAUGCUGUCUUUAAGUUGAAGUGACAUGGUACAGUAAUUGUUUUUUGUGACACCUGGUGGCCACAAUAGUUUAUUAAGUUAAGUCAUGAUGCAGUAAGUUGAAUGAUGCAGACACGUUUAUUACUGGAUACUUUGUUAUACGGUUCUGCUUUGGAGACUUUGUCUCUAUAAAUAAUAUGCAAAUAUAAUUAUCUAAUACUUUAAUUAUAAUAUUAUUUUAUUUAAUAGUUAAGAUACAAUUGUUUUAGGCUGCAAUAUUGCUCAAUUAAGGACACUUAAUACAUAGGUCUAGCUUAUGUGCUAUCGUGUGCUAAACUGUUGUGUAGCUGCUAGCUCAUUGUAGCCUACAGCCUACUAUCUUUUUUAAAUGACUUCUCUAAAAUAGAAUAAAAGACCAACCUUGUGUGCUUUUUAUACCAAAUUCAAUAUCUAAUCGGGACGCCCCUAAUAUAAUACACCACAUGGUUGAAUAGUGGUUUGUAGUUCGCCCUCACAUUGUUUUCUUUUUAUCCACAUAAAUGACAGAAGAGGGUUUUUAUAAGCUCUGACUUCUCCUUGUCGCUUUCGCUAACCAAAGGCUGGGCUGCACUGUAUUUUGUAUUUACUUAUCCAGUAGACGCGUUAUGUGAGGCACACUUCCCAUACGCCUCUGUACCAAAAAAUCUGAUCAUGACCACUUUUAAUGUUACACCCUUGUGGUACAGGCAGUCUUUAAACUUAACAUUUGAACAGCCAUAAGUUAUCCACUGUUACUAUUAAAUGUGACAAUAAAACUUUGCCUCGAACAGCAAAGUAAAGCCGCUGAAUAUAUUUGAUUAUUUAUUUUCUGGCUGUCAAGCCAUUUGAUUUCCAUGUCUCUGGCUUAAAAUAUGAAGGAAUAAUUAAGUUAUGGGAGAGAACAGAAAAACAUCAACAAUAUAAUUCUUUGACAGACAAUAAAGAAAAAGGAAACAUGUAGCAGAUUUUCCAUUGAUCAAAUAGGAUCAUUUUGAUCCUUUUACAACUUUUAGAUUUCAUAUUUUGUGCACAGUAUGUAUUAGCAUAUUAAUUAAUCUUUUAAAUCCCCCAAACCCCGUGCGGUACCAUCGGCAGCUGUGUUGCUAUGCAAACUGCUACGCAGUGCUUCUAUUAUUGUACACAUGCUAUAGAGCUUUUCAACUGGCGGGCCGACUCCGUCCUUGGAAUGACACCAUGUUGGCCCCAGAGUUCAGUUGAAAACACUAGAGUACUCCUGUAAUAUAGAGGAAUUUGGACCACAGUAAACACAAGCGGUAGAAAAUGGAUGGAUGUAAACACAUUGGCGUAUCCUUGCAUUGACAUUUUAACCUUGCUAGUAAAUGUAAAACACUGAGGCACCCUUUAAGUCCUCUACUUUUUGGAAGUAACACAUUUUUUUGUGAUGUGAUUCAUGUAACUAAGGUGUUGCUGUAGCUUGUUUACUUCAGUUGUAGUCUGUAGUCAUUUGUUCAAUUAAUUUAUUUAUACUAGUACUGUUGCUCUAGAUUCCAUUUUAGGUCCUCUCUUUUUCAUCAUUUGGGCUAUUCAACUGGUGGCCCCUGAGUUAAGUUAAAAACAACUUGAGAGAAUAGCAUUUUUGCAGACAGUCCUUAAAAACAAAAUAAGCGCUCCCGUAACUCUGAAAUGUCUACUGUAGAGGAAGCUGAUUCUCCUGGAAUAUACAAAAUAAGACUAAAAGUGAAGGGAGAAGUCCUGCCCCAUGGUCCUUAGCUUUAACAAUUUAGUUGAAUAGCCCUGCUGUAAAACCAGAAGAACAUCAGCUAACCAAUUUCAGGACAGAAAACAAUUCAAACCACAAGCACUUAAAUGGACAAAUGCCGAAAAUGCAUAAGGUGAGCGGUCCAAGACCCAGCAUGUCAGUAAUCCAUCCAUCCAUUAAUUUCAUAAAUAUUUCCAAAAAUUGGACAAACUUGGCCUACCUUAAAAGCCAAUACUUCGCCCUUCCAACGGUGCAAAUAUCAUUCUUCUUUCGCUAAAACUCACUAAACAAGCAACUUCAUUGACUCUUAUCUAGUAGCAAAGAUAUGUACAUUUUUAUUUUUAUAUCAACCAGGAAAGUAUUUCCUUUGAUACCUAAUUUCUUCAUAUAGACCUUGUACAUGCAGAAAAAAAUAUAACUUAUUUUGAAUGUCAUUUGUUACGUUAAAUAGCCCCAAGUUUAAGAGGUGAAUUAAUCAUUAAAGAUAAUUAAUCAAAUUCUGCCCAUAGUGUGGAACUGAUUAAUUGUGUCUUGAAGCCAUCAAGUAAAAAUUGAGUGAACUUCUUGUCUGCAACCAGCAGAGGCAUUGUUCAUUCAUCCAUUCAUUCUCAACCAAUUGCCAGUCAAAACCAGAACAAUGCAACGUCAGCUUGGGAAGGUCAGCUGUUCUUUUUCACUUUGCCAUUCGGAUGAUAAUUUCGAUUUUUGAUUAUGAAUAAACCUAUGAAAAGAGUGGAAGCUUAACAGGCCAGAUCCAGUCUUCCCUUUCACAUGGUUUAUGUGGGUAAAGCUGGCAAUUGUCAUCAGGUUAUUCAAAAUAGGUUUAAAAAAACAUCAAUAUGAACAUACACCUAGCUGCAAACCAGCAAUAGCAUUUAUCUACAGGUUAUAUUACAUAUACUUGAAUAUAUCACCACAUACUAUUGGCCAUAUACAGGAAAAACGUAGCAUAUUAUAAGCAUAAGUGAUGCCUCUGUCUGACAUUGCUGAAUUUUUCUAAACAGUAAUAAGACUUUUAAGAUCUGCCUAGCUUCUCUUCACACGUGUACACUGUAUCCAGAAUAGAGCUGUGAAGUAAAUUAUUUAAUAUAUUUUUGUUAUUUUCAUUUUCUAUCCUGUUCUUUUGUCCAAAGGCACAGACAUGUAUUGUCACACCUUAAAAGUAUGUUAAUGUAUAUAUGUGAAAUACAGAACCUAGUAUAUGCAUCCACCUAAAAUGUACCACUGUAUAGAAAUUGUAUUAGCCUGCACAUUUGUAAGGCUGUGAAGUUGUUUUUUUUUUUUUUAAAUCUUGGAUACAACUGUAUAUAAUUUAUUUCUUUUUAUCCUGCAGUUGGUAAAUAGAGGACAAAUAAUCCUGUCCUGUUAACUGUAUCGUGUCUAUACAGCAGAGUUAUAGAUAUAUCGUAGGAGAAACCUUGUUUUGUUAUUGCUGGAAAAGUGAGUUUUUUUCAGUAGUUGAAAUCCAAAAGUGAAAUUCAAUCAGAUUAUUGGCUGUCUCUCAAUUUGGGGAUUUUUCGACAUGCGCUUCUGAAUGCAUGAAAGUACGCAGUCCUGUACACUUACCACCCUCAAUCAUCGCGAUGUUGAUUACGUAGCGGAAAGGAACAGACUAGGAAUGGAGUGAUAAACGAUAAUAAUCAUCGCGGUAAAACGGUUAGUAUUACCGGAAUAAACUUUGAUUAAAUUAAAAAUUAUCGAAAAAACGUGAUUGAUAACCCCACUUUGAUAAACAUAGGGACUGACUAGAGUUAUCUUGCUAGCUAGAUUAAAUGCUCAAAUGAACACAAGAAAUGUCAUACCCCAAUCUAACCCUGUAUGAAUAAAUUACUGUCUGAACAACUCGAUUUAUACACGACAGACGGAGACGUCUUUGGCAGUAAGUGAACUCGCGUGAUGUAACAUAAACCGGAAGUGAAGCAAAGUGAACACCCAAAUUGCGUUUAUUAAAAAAAUAUUCUAAAUUGUUAAAUUAAAAACGGAAAAAGAUAAACAUUUAAACGCUCAAAUAAAAAUAAUAUAGCUCUUGUGAAGCCACAACAAUAUUUUUUUUCUUCCAAAAAAAAGUAUUUUGUGUGUCUAUCUAUUUUAGUUAAAGGUGCCAUAUGUAAUAAUGUAGCCAUGCAAUCACGGUCAAAAUUCUGUAGUCCACUCCCACUCUCCAUGACUGAGGUUGCCAGAUACGCAGCCGAAUCCGAAAUUCUACUCCAAGGAACUUCAAAAGGCCAUCGACGAGUCCUACGCUGUAGGUUUCUCUUGUUUAUGCUUCUUGCAAGAUGGUUUACUAAGUAAUUAUGACACAUUUUACUGAUGUUGAUUAGGCAAAUUUUAGUCGGGACAGAUUGUUGGCAUUACCCUGCUAAAAUGUCUCGUUUGACCACACGGACCACCAUCGAAAUACAAACCCUGUUUCCAUAUGAGUUGGGAAAUUGUGUUAGAUGUAAAUAUAAACGGAAUACAAUGAUUUGCAAAUCAUUUUCAACCCAUAUUCAGUUGAAUAUGCUACAAAGACAACAUAUUUGAUGUUCAAACUGAUAAACUUUUUUUUUUUUGCAAAUAAUCAUUAACUUUAGAAUUUGAUGCCAGCAACACGUGACAAAAAAGUUGGGAAAGGUGGCAAUAAAUACUGAUAAAGUUGAGGAAUGCUCAUCAAACACUUAUUUGGAACAUCCCACAGGUGAACAGGCAAAUUGGGAACAGGUGGGUGCCAUGAUUGGGUAUAAAAGUAGAUUCCAUGAAAUGCUCAGUCAUUCACAAACAAGGAUGAGGCGAGGGUCACCACUUUGUCAACAAAUGCGUGAGCAAAUUGUUGAACAGUUUAAGAAAAACCUUUCUCAACCAGCUAUUGCAAGUAAUUGCAGUGUGUAAAGAAUAUCACCACAUGGGCUCAGGAACACUUCAGAAACCCACUGUCAGUAACUACAGUUGGUCGCUACAUCUGUAAGUGCAAGUUAAAACUCUCCUAUGCAAGGCGGAAACCGUUUAUCAACAACAUCCAGAAACAGCGUCGCUGGGCCUGAGCUCAUCUAAGAUGGACUGAUACAAAGUGGAAAAGUGUUCUGUGGUCUGACGAGUCCACAUUUCAAAUUGUUUUUGGAUACUGUGGACGUCGUGUCCUCCGGACCAAAGAGGAAAAGAACCAUCCGGAUUGUUAUAGGCGCAAAGUUGAAAAGCCAGCAUCUGUGAUGGUAUGGGGGUGUAUUAGUGCCCAAGACAUGGGUAACUUACACAUCUGUGAAGGCGCCUGAAAGGUACAUACAGGUUUUGGAGCAACAUAUGUUGCCAUCCAAGCAACGUUACCAUGGACGCCCCUGCUUAUUUCAGCAAGACAAUGCCAAGCCACGUGUUACAUCAACGUGGCUUCAUAGUAAAAGAGUGCGGGUACUAGACUGGCCUGCCUGUAGUCCAGACCUGUCUCCCAUUGAAAAUGUGUGGCGCAUUAUGAAGCCUAAAAUACCACAACGGAGACCCCCGGACUGUUGAACAAAUUAAGCUGUACAUCAAGCAAGAAUGGGAAAGAAUUCCACCUGAGAAGCUUAAAAAAUGUGUCUCCUCAGUUCCCAAACGUUUACUGAGUGUUGUUAAAAGAAAAGGUUAUGUAACACAGUGGUGAACAUGCCCUUUCCCAACUACUUUGGCAUGUGUUACAGCCAUGAAAUUCUAAGUUAAUUAUUAUUUGCAAAAAAAAAAAAAAGUUUAUGAGUUUGAACAUCAAAUAUCUUGUCUUUGUAGUGCAUUCAAUUGAAUAUGGGUUGAAAGGGAUUUGCUAAUCAUUGUAUUCCGUUUAUAUUUACAUCUAACACAAUUUCCCAACUCAUAUGGAAACAGGGUUUGUAUAUUAUAUAUACUAUAUUAUAUAUCGCAUAGGCCUACUUUGAUGGCAAACCAAGGCCAACAGUAAAAUUACCGCCACAUUUCGUUCAGCAUAACUCCAUGUUGCAUCCAACCUGACGCACUGCAUUCUCUUCCAUUUACGCACAUCACCAUCUUUCAGUGCAGAGUGCAAUUCUAUGAGUCAACCCACGUUACGCAAAAAACACGUUGCACAUAAAUCAUAUAGCCUACUACCAUGUCAAUACACAAAGUAGAAAAUCAUUACAUGUAAUGCAUUAUAUUGUGCCAAGCAAAUACCACCCCAUAUGUGUUUGAUGCACAUACAGUACCAGAAACCCCAAUUAGCCGUGCUAAUGCUGGAACCCAUUUCUUCAGUGUAUCAGCAUAUUGAGAAAUAAAUAGGCACUGACAAUACCCAUAUCCACAUAGGUUUUAUUUGUCGAAAAUAUAUUUUGCCCUGUCAGUUGGAAUACACAUCGACAUACAGGCUAACGGGCAUAUAUUUCCCCCAUUAGCUUAUAUGUCGAUGUGUCAUUGACCACGCUAGCAUGCUAAGUAUUUGUUGCAGGAACAUACUUGCUUUUUUAGACAAGAUCAUAGGCUGUAUUGGACAAUAUAGUUGACAUACCAAAUGUCCAUUUCCAUUUAUUACUAGUAAUAACAAAACGUAAAAGCCUUCCUUACCUAACAAGGAGGAAAUUAGCAAGUUUGGCGUCAGAUGAAAAAAUCUUCUCCGCCUUCAAUCACCUUCAUCUUUCAAAGGCAUCCCCGAUACAAAUCCUUGUUUUGUUCCUGGUUUUGUCGUGAAUAAGUUGAGAUUUUAGAUUUACUAAGGUCUGACAUGUUUAGUAACUUUACCAGUGGCAGUAGAUGGCCGUGUGUAUCUAGCAACCUGGAUGGGACACAAUCACAGACUUUUUAAUUGGUCAAUUGGCAUCGAAAUGAAAACAAUAACAAGAUUACAGGGCUGUAAAUCUAAUUUUUCAAAUGAGCAUAUCCUGGCUGAACUACUGUUAUCAGUUAUAGAGGUAUUGGAAAAGAACAUGAUUUAUGAAUGCCGUUUGACAUAUCAGGGCCAUUUAAUAAUGACUUGACAUGAAAUUAUUACAUAUGGCUCCUUUAAUAAAAAAAAUAUAAAACUUGGUCAAAAAGAUUUUAGUGUGUAUAAAUACUUGUUGACCACAUUCAACAAUAAUGAUAACCGUGAAAAAUUGGUCAUAAUGACUGUGAUAUAAAACUUUUAUAUCGUUACAGCCCCACAAUGGACAAUACCAAGCAAAGAAUGAUGAUGUAAUCACGUUUAUGACAUAAUCUCCACCUCAAUUGAAGCAGAGCAGAGGUACGGGCUAGCGUGCAAAAUUAAUACCAAAUGUUGUAUUGCACAAUCAAGAAGUGGGUAAUAAAGGUGUUGGUUAUUUACGUGCGAUCCAAAUUUUUAUCCACCAUCAAAAUGAGAAAUACAAGAAGAAGAAGCGGGUUAAUAUUGUUUCGUCAUUUACGAUUUGGGACAGCACUAAACUGUCAACAUGUGCACACUCAAAAACCAGUUAUUGUAGUGUACUGACUGAAGUGUUCCUUUUGAGAAACAGCUAUUAUACAGAUUCACUACACAAAAUGAAAUGUUUCUGGUUAUAGAGUACAGCAAAUUAAGAAACCCAAAUUCAGAAUCUGGUAAAACAUUUGAGUAUUGUGAAAACGUAAACUACUAAUGUCAGCAAAUUACUGCAAAGGCUUCCUGGGAAUUACAGGAAUUGUACUCCUGAAAUAAAUUCACUUUUGCACAACAUUCUCAUUUAUUAAGAUGCACCUGUAUACAAACCUGUUGGUCUCUACCUCUUGGGCUAUCUAACUUAGCUUGUUACCUCCGUACGUUCAAGGAGAUAAAGCUUUUAUACUAAUAUGAUCAAAUCAACUACUCCUGAUGAUUCUUUCUUGUACUAUUAAGCAUUCAAUUAAAAUGUUUACUCACGCAAUGUUGAUAUUACACCAUUUGCCACCAAAGGGCCAAGGUUUACCUGACUGUUAGCAUGCUUUUGCUCCCAAGCUAACAUUUACAGUAGGGAAGGGAUUCACGUGGCCCCAUUCCUAAUCAUAAUUCCUAAUGUACCCCCUAUUUCUUCAUGUGUCAGGUAAACCACGACGAAUGGGGUCAUAUGAAUCCCCCUCCUACUGUAGUGGUUGUUUUUUUGUGGAAAAACUGUCUUAAGAACUCCGUCUCAAAGAUUUGACACGCAAAUUUUAAUUUAUACUGUACAAAGUUUCCUUUUUGUUAAUUUAGGUUUACUAUACUUCUGUCAUAAGCUUUUGUCAACCGUAACCAAAACUAAAGCAACGAUCACACUUCAGAAUAUAACUUUGGCUAAGAAAUUGUAAACUUGGCUACAGACAAUCAAGCAAUAAGGUCAAACCUUUUAGUUAUGGAUAUGAUCCAUUUUUGGAUCAUUCCGCCCAGCCUGAUCAGAUGGUCACUAUGGUCAUGACAUGACAUGCACACAAUAUUUCUGUAUUAUUAGUAUACAUUUGAGACAUGUAAACACCUUUUUCAGAUUGCCAAUGCCGCAACUGACUGGAUCCCAAAGUAUUGUUUAACUUGUGAUUUACAUUUUUGAGUUGAGUUGAUUAUAAUGAUAUAUAUAUUAAAGGCCUACUGAAAUGAAUUUUUUUUUAUUUAAACGGGAAUAGCAGAUCCAUUCUGUGUCAUAUUUGAUAAUUUCGCGAUAUUGCCAUAUUUUUGCUUAAAGGAUUUAGUAGAGAAAAUCGACGAUAAAGUUCGCAACUUUUGCUCGCUGAUAAAAAAAGCCUUGCCUGUACCGGAAGUAGCGUGACGUCACAAGCGGUAGUGCUGCUCACAAUUCCCCGUUGUUUACAAUGGAGCGAGAGAGAUUCGGACCGAGAAAGUGACGAUUACCCCAUUAAUUUGAGCGAGGAUGAAAGAUUCGUAGAUGAGGAACGUUACAGUGAAGGACUUGAGAGGCAGUGAUGGAUGUAUCUUUUUUCGCUCUGACGUAGCUUAGGUACAAGCUGGCUCAUUGGAUUCCACACUCUCUCCUUUUUCUAUUGUGUAUCACAGAUUUGUAUUUUAAACCACCUCAGAUACUAUAUCCUCUUGAAAAUGAGUCGAGAACGCGAAAUGGACAUUCACAGUGACUGAACAUGUAAAUACACGAUUAAUAAUAUUCCGCUUGGCGAAGCUAAAAAAACAGAAGCUAACCUAGCUGCGUAGCCAACGCGAUAGCGUCAGUCUCAAAUGCAGAUAGAAACUAAAUUAAAAAAAACCUGACUGGAUGGAUAGACAGAAGAUCAAUAAUACUAUUAAACCAUGAACAUGUAAAUACACGAUUAAUAAUAUUCCGCUUGGCGAAGCUAAAAAAACAGAAGCUAACCUAGCUGCGUAGCCAACGCGAUAGCGUCAGUCUCAAAUGCAGAUAGAAACUAAAUAAAAAAAAACCUGACUGGAUGGAUAGACAGAAGAUCAAUAAUACUAUUAAACCAUGAACAUGUAAAUACACGAUUAAUAAUAUUCAGCUUGGCGAAGCUGAAAAAACAGAAGCUAACCUAGCUGCGUAGCCAACGCGAUAGCAUAGCAGUCUCAAAUGCAGAUAGAAACUAAAUAAAAAAAACCCUGACUGGAUGGAUAGACAGAAGAUAAAUAAUACUAUUAAACCAUGAACAUGUAAAUACACAAUUAAUAAUAUUCCGCUUGGCGAAGCUAAAAAAACAGAAGCUAACCUAGCUGCGUAGCUAACUUAGAUGCGGCGGCGGGCGUUGCACGCUUUUGACGACAUCCCGGCCGCCAUCAGAGUCGGCAAGAAACAUAUAUUUCCCCAAAGUUACGUACUUCACAUGCACAUAUCGACACGCACGUACGGGCAAGCGAUCAAAUGUUUGGAAGUCAAAGCUAGACUCACCGUAGUGCGUCUGUUAUCCUGCUCAAAACACAACACAACCUCCUGGUGUUGGUGUUACUGUAGUCCGCCGCACCACUGAUCGCACCUACAACUUUGUUAUUUGCAGUCUCCAUUGUGCAUUAAACAAAUUGCUCAAUCGCUUUAUUAACAAGCGGUAACUGGUUGUAGUUCAAAAAGUAACGCACACACAUACACAAGCUGCUGUUAGCCAAAAGUCACGCUCACACACACUCAAGUUCUCUGCCAACUCACUCGCGCAUGCGCGUUCCCCAAACCCUUAAAGACACAGUACACUAAUGCAAAUAUCACAGAUAUUACAGUAUUGUACUUAGCCGCUAAGACACCGAUCGAUCCCACCUACAACGUUCUUCUUUGCAGUCUCCAUUGUUCAUUAAACAAAUUGCAAAAGAUUCACCAACACAGAUGUCCAGAAUACUGUGGAAUUUUGUCGAAGAAAACAAGAGGCUUUUCUAUCGGGUCCGAUGGGGUCCAACCACUUCCGUUGCUUUUGUGACGUCACGCGCAUAAAUCAUAUCCAAAGGAGUUUUUCAACCGGAAGUGUGGCAGGAAUUUUAAAAUUGCACUUUAUAAGUUAACCCGGCCGUAUUGGCAUGUGUUGCAAUGUUAAGAUUUCAUCAUUGAUAUAUAAACUAUCAGACUGCGUGGUUGGUAGUAGUGGCUUUCAGUAGGCCUUUAAAAACAAAUAUUACAGAGGGCAUAAGUAUUGGUUUUCUACUCAUUUUCAAGAGUAUUGUAAAAACAUAGAAGCCCUUUUUGUCUAUGGGGAUAAGUACAGUAUGGGAGUCAUUCCACUGAUUUGGUGUCGUUUGCUAGUUGUAAUAAAAUUGUAAUACUACAAUUAAAAUGCUGUAUUUUUUCAACUCUAAAAGUGAGAAUACACAUUGAACCACUCAAAAUGUGUAUUGCCCUUCUCAGGCGACUUCAUUGUAUUUUUGUAUAGACCUUUGAAGCCAAAUAUGACCCAUUGAGCAAACAGGCCUUAAAGUAACAAGAGUGAGUUUUUAGCGGAAAAAAGUGACUUACUUAAGCAUGGGUGUCAAACUUGGCCCGCGGGCACAUAAUAUGUGCGGCUUCUGCAUGCACACACAAGUGAAUGCAAUGCAUACUUGAUCAACAGCGAUACAGGUUACACUGAGGGUGACCGUAUAAACAACUUUAACACUGUUAGAAAUAUACGCCACACUGUGAACCCACACCAAACAAGAAUGACAAACACAUUUCGGGAGAACAUCCGCACCGUAACACAACAUAAACA